UCUAUAAUCGUACGGUCAGUAUAUUGCAGCAGAACAUUUUGUUUAUUCAAGAUUUUCUUUCUUGAAACCCUAGGAUCUCACCUCCCUUUUUGUUACCUUUGUUCUUCUUUUUCUCGUAUAUAUAAAUUCGCUUCUUUUCUCCGACCCUCCAUCGCACGUCUUCUACUUUUCAGUCAGCACCAUCUCUUUGAAUUUUUUUUCCAACAGAGCCAUGUCGGACGAGGAGCACCACUUCGAGUCCAAGGCCGACGCCGGAGCUUCCAAGACUUAUCCCCAGCAGGCUGGAGCCAUCCGCAAAAAUGGAUACAUUGUCAUCAAGGGCAGACCUUGCAAGGUUGUUGAGGUUUCAACCUCAAAGACUGGAAAGCACGGACAUGCUAAAUGUCACUUUGUUGGCAUUGACAUUUUCACUGCUAAAAAGCUUGAAGAUAUCGUCCCAUCUUCACACAAUUGUGAUGUUCCUCAUGUCAGUCGUACUGACUACCAGCUCAUUGAUAUCUCCGAGGAUGGAUUUAUUAGCCUGCUGACAGACAGUGGUAACACCAAGGAUGACCUGAGGCUUCCAACCGAUGAUGGUCUGCUGACCCAGAUCAAGGAUGGAUUUGCUGAGGGGAAGGAUCUGAUUGUGACUGUCAUGUCGUCAAUGGGAGAGGAGCAGAUCUGCGCUCUCAAGGACAUAGGCCCAAAAUAGUUCGUUCCCUUUGAUUGAUAAAAAUACAGUUGCAGUAUAAACUUAGAACGAACGAACCGAUCGAUAUCCAGAUCAUAGUCUAUAAUAGUCGUCUGAGAAGCCAGAUUCGUUGAUGAUGCUUCAUGGGCAUAUAUCGCAAUUAGUGGUUUCUUUUACUCUCUUUCAGACCCUACAAUUAAUAUUUAUUUUUCUACUGCUAUUCGUGUUUGAAUUAAGAAUCGGUUUUUUCUUAAGUUAGUGUUUCUUUCGUCAUUAAAUCAUGUAAACCUUUUCUAGCUGCUUUAUGGUUUGUUUUAAGAGUUCGUAGGAUAGAACCAUGGUUUUUGAGGAGAAGUAUAAUAUUUUUAUUUACCAGUAUAAUAUGGAGUUUCUUCUUUCUUA